AUGAAGCCUGGGGGCUGGGUCGAGCUGCAAGACGUUGACGGACAGGUCCAUUGCGAUGACGGGACCUUGCCUCCCGACUGGCCCCUCGUUCGCUUCACAAAUUGCCUCGUCGAGGCAUUUGCGAAGUUUGGGACAAAUUCACACGCUGCUGUGUUUGGCCGACAGUACCUGGAGCAAGCCGGCUUCGUCAACAUCCAGCAUCACACGGUGAAGUUGCCCUAUGGAACAUGGCCCAGGGAUAAGACCAUGCGGCUGGUUGGGAUGUACUAUCGUACGGCAUGCGAAGAAUUCUUCCCCGCCGUUGGUGCAAUUCACUUUGAGAUGUUGGGAUGGAGCAAGAUCGAGAUGGAGGUCUUGUUCGCUCAGUGCCGCAAUGCAAUGAGGGAUCCCAACGUACACGCCUAUGGCAAAAUGCAUUUCUGGAGCGGACAGAAACCAACUGAAGACAAAGUCACGACUUGA